GAAGGGCAGUCUUCUUCAUUAAUCAAACGCGAAAACACGCCUGUUGUCGCAGGACCACGGUCCUGGAUGUUCCACAGUCCACACACAAUCCGAAAGAAUAAAUAUAUUAAUAAUUCUUGGCAAAUACAAAAUAGGAAAAAAAAAAAAAAGCACCAGGGAAAAGAGUCAUGACGACGAGGGGACAGAAAUGAUUUCCGCUCGCUAUUAGUACUUCCUGUCAUUGACAAUUUUCUUAUACAAGCCGGCUAAAGCCCCUGGCGGUCCUCUGGACGCUCUUUCCUCUCUGUCCGUCCUUGGCUCUUUCUACUAUGCUUUUGCUUCUCUUCACGUAUCAUAUACUUGACUUUUCCUUUAUUCGACCGUCUCUCCUGUCGUGAUCUGUGCUUCAUUUCCUGUUUUGCAGGCUAAUUCAUUCAAUUCUGCACAAUUUUUUUUUUUUUGCCUUUUACUGCUCUAUUUUGGUGAGGGACUUUGUUCGGAAUUUGGGAUUGAAGGUGGAAGUUUUACUGCGCCAUUCAGUUCGUCUUUUAAUUAAUAAGGACUUCCCGGGGUUCCUGAUUAGCUGUAAAGACCCACUGUUCUUGCACGACCUUAUUGGACUCAGUGGGACUUCCAUUCUUGUUCUGUUCCUUCCGUGCCUUCGCACAAUUCAAUUCUUUAUCCUUUUCCCUUUUUCUUUUUUAUUCCACCGAAUUGGAAAGGCAGCGAUUUCAGGUCACCCCCAACAAAAUGUUGUUGCUUUGGUGGAGUAACUGAGUGGAAAACGAAAGCCUUUCCUUCCUCAUCCAUGGCUCCAUCCGGGAAGGUGUCUGGGUUUCGUCGAGAAGGCAAUGACUGGUUCUGCAAUGCUGGACUGCCGAGCGAUAUCACUGUUUCAAUCGGGGAAGUUACUUUCCAUCUUCAUAAGAGUUCAAGACAUUAUAUGUCCAUGGUAUUGCAGUUCCCUCUUGUAUCCAAAUGUGGAAAGUUUUCUCAAGCAUAUGAAGAGUCAAAGAAUGCCAAUCAGAAGACUAUGAAUAUGGUGCUGGAAAAAUUCCCUGGAGGCCCUGACACUUUCUUAAUUGUGGUGAAAUUCUGUUAUGGGAUUCGCAUAGAACUGACAGCCAGAAAUGUAUUGGUGGUCCACUGUGCUGCAGACUUUCUUCAAAUGACCGAUGAAUAUGGAGAAGGAAACUUGGUCUCAAAAUCAGAGAGUUUUUUCCAUAAAAAUGUAUUACACAACUGGAAAGAUUGUAUUUUGGCUCUUCAAAGUUCUGAGCCUGUUCUACCAACGGCUGAAAAUCUCCAUUUAGUUGGAAAAUGUUUGAAUGCUCUAUCUAUGAUGGUUUGCACAGAUCCAAGUUUGUUUGGAUGGCCCAUGAUGAUGUAUGGAAGUUUGCAGAGCCCUGGUGGAAGUAUUUUAUGGAAUGGCAUAAAUACAGGUGCAAAAAUUCGAUGCUCAGAUUCUGACUGGUGGUUUGAAGACAUCUCAUAUCUCAGUGUGAGUUUGUUUGAGAGACUUACUAAGACAAUGCAAGCAAGAGGUAUAAGACCUGAAAGCCUGGCAGGGGCCAUAAUGUACUACUGUAGAAAGUACCUACCAGGUCUGGAUCGGUGGCAGGGUGGACAAAGUGGUAAAACAAGAACAGUUGCAAGUUUCAGCUUGACACCGGCUGCUGUUGACCAGAGAGUUCUGUUGGAAAGUGUUGAGAAACUUCUUCCCGAAAAGAAGGGAAGUUCAUUUUGCCGUUUCUUAUUGGGACUUCUUCGUGUGGCUUUGAUUUUGAAUGUUGAUCAAUCCUGCAAGGAUUCUUUAGAGAGGAGAAUAGGGAUGCAGUUGGAAUUGGCAACUCUGGAUAGUCUUCUGAUUCCUAGUUAUUCAGACUCCGAUACAUUGUAUAACACAGAUUGUAUUGAACGAAUUGUGCAUCAUUUUGUAAAUUCAGAGUCCUGUAUAACUGCCUUUUCUCCUUCUUCCGUUGACAUACAAGCAUCUUCAGCAUCUGAAUCAUUAAAUAAAGUUGCAAAGUUGAUGGAUAACUAUAUUGCUGAAGUUGCUUCUGACGUGAAUUUGAAACCAGGAAAGAUACGCUCUCUUGCAGGCGCCCUUGCUGAGUCAUCAAGAUCAUUGCAUGAUGGACUCUACAGGGCACUGGACAUAUAUUUCAAGGCACAUCCUUGGCUGUCAAAUAAAGAGAAGGAAGAACUGUGCAACAUCAUUGACUACCGGAAGCUCUCCAUUCAUGCUUGUGCCCAUGCAUCCCAAAAUGAUAGGUUACCGCUCAGAGUUGUUCUUCAAGUCUUGUUCUUUGAGCAGCUGCAGUUGAGAACAGCAUUAGCUGGAUGUCUUCAUGCAUUGGAUGCUGAAAUUGCCCCUGCAGCUCCUACAACUGUCCCUGGUGAUACAGCGGGCCAACUUGUACAAAGGGAUGGAUGGGUGACUCUAGUGCGUGAAAAUCAAGGUUUAAAGGUGGAUAUGGAAAGAAUGAGGUCUAGAGUUGGUGAGCUGGAAGCAGAAUUUGGCAAGAUAAAACAGGAAAUGAAGAGUGUGACCAAAUCACACAGUUCGCUCAGUUCUCCUCGUUUGGUUGCUCGAAAAAUAGGGUGUAAGCUUGUUCCGCGACCUUCAGAUGCCCAACCAGAAUCUCUUAACCGAAAUGGAUCCACACCGAGAACAUCCAUUGAGCAGGCACCGCAUUCUCAUCAGUCCAAAGUUAGACACAGAAAGAGUUUUUCUUUGGUUUAAGUGGUACAUAGAAAUCAGGGUCUCUCUUUACAUAUGCAUAGCAGUGGUGUGUGGUUUUAAUAGUGUCUGUACGAGGGAAAGGGAAGGAAAAUGUUUUCCUCAAUUAGUCCAUUGUUUUUUCUCCAAGAAAAUUACGUCUCUGGACAUUUUCCAUUUCUUUCCCUCGUCUGAAGUUGGUACACUUCAUAGAGGCAAAUGAAUAUAUACUUUCCUGAUAGCUUUCUCCCCGUGGUUAGUGUCGGGGCAUGCCAGCUGAAUUUAUCAUUUGGUCUGAUUCUUCAUUUGAAGUUCUGAAAAGAUUUUUUGGUCCUCGUCUUUUCAUUUGAGUGGCACUGUUAUUAUGUAAGCACAGAAUCAAGCAUGUAAAUUUGCCAAAGAGGGGAAGCUGGCGCGGGAAGAUUUUCGCUGGCAAAUGAAUACACCGUAAGAUUGGUAAUGGACGAUGUUUCAUUUUGUACAAUAAUUUGUAUGUUAGGCAGUCGAUAAAUAUAAUACUGGCUUUCCAGUUGAUGUUCUAGUUCUAGAUUCCUGCGAGGCGAAUUCGUUGUAUACCAUAACACUGUACAAAUGUAAAAAGUAUGCCUUUUAAAUAUAUUCUAAUAGUUUUCCUUUUCA